CUUUAAUAACAUUUUAUAGAAUAAAGUAAACAAACAUCUAUUUUAGAACUCAGUCUAGCCUAAUAUUUGACAAUUACAACUAGCAAUGGAGCCAGUUUGCCGUGUUUGCUUGGCAAGCUGCGGCAAUAUCAAUAUUUUUGAAGGAAUGAGUUCCGUAGGAGUUUCCAUUGCGAUAAUGAUUUCUGAGUGCACUGGAUUUAAACUUAAAGAAGGAGAUCUAUAUCCAGAUUCCAUUUGCAUAUGCUGCCUGAAGGAUGCUGAAGACGCGUUCGAGAUAAAACAUAUUUACGAGAGAAGCACCCUGCUCUUCAGUCAGUUAAGGACUGGCAAGGACCCCCAGGGGCAGAUGUUAACCGGAUCUGAAUUUGAUAGGGGACCUUAUAAAGUUGUUGGCCAUAUUAAGGAAGAAGUAAACCUUCACCUUUUGCAAGGGUGGGACGAACAAUUUGGAGACCAAUGCCAAGUGAAAAACGAACCACUUACAGAAGACAUAAUGGAAGAAGACUAUCCCUUUUCGGAGUGCAAGACUGAGGAGUUCGAGUGUCAAGUUCAUUUAGAUAAUAACUUGGAAAAUGGAUUGGGAGGGGAAGUUAUUAACACCAAUGAUAAUGUCAAACUUUCUAAUAAAAUUUCCUAUUGCCCAAAGACAUUACCAUCAAAAUCAAAAGAUAAACGAAAAAAAUUCAAGUGUUGCCACUGCUCAAAGAUUUUUUCAAAAAAUGCAGGCCUUGUUCGACACUUAAAAACUCACACAAGCCCCGAUCUGUUUAAAUGUUCGGUCUGUGCAAAAAGUUUUGUCAAUGAUGCAACUCUUCAAAAACACUCAGAAAUCCACGAAGAAAAACUUCAAGAUGUAACUAAUUAUGUACCGAACAAUAAUCUUGGGUAUGAUUUGAGAAACCUCACACGAGAAAGACUGCUUAAGUGUACUUACUGUUCAGAGACUUUUACAAGAAACUUAACUCUGAAGAUACACCUGCGUGAGCAUAAUGAGAAAAGACUGCAUACGCAGGUUAGGGAUCUUAAGUUACAGAAACAAACUCACAAAGAACAACGGCCAUUUAAGUGUUCCCAUUGCUCCAAGUCAUUUACAUCAAAGUCAACCCUGCAGGUACACACUCGUUCACACACGGGAGAAAGACCGUUUAAAUGUUCUAUCUGCUCAAAAAGUUUUACGCAGUGUGUAAGCCUGAAUGUACACUUGCGAACACACACAGGAGAAAAAUCAUUUAAGUGUACCCACUGCCCAAAGGCAUUUGCAACAGCUUCAUCCGUGCAGGUACACAUACGAACACACACUGGAGAAAAACCAUACAAAUGCUCCUUCUGCAAAAAGAGUUUCACGCAAACUACAAGUCUUAACGUACACACAAGAACACACACAGGAGAACUACCGUUUAAGUGUAACCACUGUUCGAAGGCUUUUUCAACAACUUCAUCCUUGCAGAUACACGUACGUACACACACAGGAGAAAGACCGUACAAGUGUUCCUUCUGCUCAAAGGGUUUCACGCAGUCUAAUAGUCUUAAGGUACACCUCCGAACCCACAAUUAAUAAUUACAAUAAAGAAAACACUCAACAAGAUUAUACAAUGAUUUUUGUUAAACGAUGAUUUUGUUAAAAACAAUUCUUAAGGGAAACUCAUUUAUUUAUUUAUUUGGAAUCUAAACUCUUGAUUAGCAUAGAGUUUAAUCAUUUAGCCAUAU